AUGGAUGGUGCGAUUACAGCCGACAAAACAUUGGCGAAGCUGCGUUCUAAGGUCUUACCACUUACUUUGCAAUACCUACACUUGCGGUCCUGCAACAAGUGGACGUUUGCCCUUUUGCAAAGAAUAAACGAAGUUCCAGUGGAAGACCUGAGACUGAAGCACGUCGAGCUGUCUUUCGAGCCAUCACCUAAGAAUCUCCUUAUACAGUGUGAUGCUACAGAUCUGGGUCGACUGGAUUACUCUCGGCUACUCACAGAUCUUCAUCGUAAAGGAACCAAGAUCACCUUCUAUACUGGUUCUCAAGAAGUACAAGUCGACAUGCGCAAAGAGCUUGAGGCGCUUUCCUGUUUGACGCCUACCGAGGUCUGGCGCUGUUCAACUACGCACGCACCAUUCUCUGUGUGGCAUCCCGAAGCUAGCAAGAAGCGUCACUUGCUGAAGAUGGGCUUUCGAUAUUUCUUACGGCACGCGGACCAUCACUCGCAGCUCCUCAACAGCCCCACUUUCAACCUGGAGUCGUGGAUGCAAAGCGCCUUCUUCCACGGCAUCAGGAAUAGUAAAUGGGAUCCGCAGCUUCAAGAUUCAAAGAUGAAGGUACAAACAAUCGGGUCUAGUGGAUGGAACGAUAGGGCUCUUGGGAAGCGCGCAUUGAAACGACGACUUUUACCAAUACUGAAUCUGGACACUUAUCAGUUCAGUCUCUGCAUCGAACAGACACUUGCGCCAUUACCUAGAGAGAGCAAAUUCCUUGGUGCUAGCUUUACCACCAUGGACGGCAUGCGCGCGCAGCCCUCAGAUCAGCAUCGAGACACAGCGAAGAAACCUCGUCCGCACGAAAAGAAGAAGAAGAAGCGGUUGAAGCAGGCUGACUGCACCAAGCCUGCAUCGCAUACGAAGACCGAGGUUUAUGAUUUGGAGGACGACGUAGAAAGGCUGCGGCUAGGUUCCGCCAACGAUCCUCCUGAAGCCUCCCAGUUCAGCGCAACACUGUGGGCUGAAGUCACAUGGAAGUUGUUUCUGCAACCAAGGACGGCGAAAUUUGUUACAGAAAGUCUGGAACAGUUUGGCGACAUGUGA